GGGGAAGACUGGCGCACGAGAACAUGUUGCUGGUUGAUAUCGGCAAGUUGCAUAUCGCUAUCGAUAUCGGAGAUAGAUGCAUGAGCAAGGGCAAAACUGACAUCUUUAUGCGCCUUUAGUGUUAGAACAAGUGAGAUCUAUCCGUCUUCAUAGACGCACGACCAUGAUUGCGGAGGCAAUAGUUCCGAGAAAAGUGAUCGUAUUUGUGUGAGAAAUUUGUGCAUCGCACUUGAUUCAUCUUGAUGAUGAAUCACAACAUUUUCGAGCUUUCAAAUAGGCCUCCAUGGAAGAGGAAACUGCACAGCAUGAUUCGCAUCGUAGAUUAUUCUUAGUCGAUGUCGAGUCGUGGAUUACCCACUCGCUCCCACGGACAGCAAAGUAGUUGAUGAAGAGAGUGAAAAAAGCAAACAAGAGAGAUGACAUGAUGUUGUGAUUUUGACUUGGAAGAGGUCAAAAUCAUAUUAUGACCUGCUUUUCGACUUCGAGGACAAGGAGUAGAGCGCUGGCUAGAUGCCGCGUACAGAGGAGAGGGAAAAUGUAGCGACGAUAUCAUUUCGUUAAACAGCGAAACAGAGGCUGUCCUGAUUUAGUGUUAGCACUUCCACUUGUUAAUCGGAGUGAAAGAGAGUUGGUAAUCUCAUUUGUCUUCGCAUGUGGGAAAACUACUUAGAUGUAUCGACGCCAUUUUCAGGGUUUACGAAAUCUCUUCGCGUUUCAGAUUUUGUUUUGUUCCAUAAUUUUCAGUUUGGAAUUGCAGCAAUUGUCGUAGGUGUCAGACAGGGGUCGCUGGAAAACUCCGUAUUUCAUUUAUACAAUCAAAUUCGAUUUCGAAAAAAUUUGAAAAUCGGAAAUGACCACUUACAUGAAGAUGCUAAAAAGCUGUAAAUUAUCAAAGUGUGUCGUGAAAGAUUGUGGGUCAAGAAUACAAAUAGUACAAGAUGCGUAGCACUACAUGCUGAUAAUUGAUGACAAUGAUGUUGAUGUUGUAACUCUCUCUCUGUAGGAACUGUAAUAAAAAAACAACUGUAGGUGUAGCUGCGUGUUGUUAUUAAUAUUGAUAUUGUUGUCAUCAAAGAGUAGAAAGACGAAGAAAAGGUAAAAAAGAACUUGCGAGAAGAAUAUGUCGAACGUCAAAGCGGCCCGUGCGAGGCUAAGAGUCGCACACGUUCGCGAUUUGCUUCAGGCGAGGUGGCUCACGUGACGCGCCUGUUUGUUACCCCUGCUUCCGCUUGUGCCGGUUCUCGUCGCAGGCUUCUCCAGCUCGUUCGAGAAGAAGUUGAAGAAGGCGUAAGCGACGCCUUCUAUUUUCCACAACGACUAGCGCAUACGAGAAGUAAAAUAAACAACCAGGAGGCAAAAGUGCCAUAAUUGCAGGCUAGUACGAAAAAGAAACCAACUUUUUCAGGAGUCUCUUGUUCAUCAUCUGUAUCGGAGUGCCCAGUCUUGCGAUAAUUGUGAGCACACACAGCAGGCACGUGCACGUGGUCCACGUAGCAAGAAAAUUGAGGUCGUCGCGACGGACAGAUCAACAGGUUUGUGUCGCCGCCGACAGCGUUGAAGACGAUCUACUAGUAUUAGUUAGCUUCAAGAGGAGGCUCAUAACCAAAACAAAGGACAACAUCAACAACUGCAUCAAUUCGGAAAAUGUCGGGAAGUGAACAACAAGGAGGAACGCCACGGGAGGACGGCGAGGAGCCAUCAGGCCCACGAAAGCCAGGAGAGGAUAAGGAAGUGCUGGAAACUCUGAGGCAAUUGAAGGAGGAGGAAGCCGAAAACAAUGAGGACGAGGGGAUAGACAGCCAGCCAUGGGUACUUAUUAUAAAUAUAUAUUUAGCUGGCCUAAAAGUAUAAUUAGGAUGAGGAACAAUUAUCUCGUCUUGCCGAUGAUCAUCUGCGGUCAUUUGAGACGCAAUCAUGAAGAAGAAGAACAGAAUCAUUGAGAACUUUUGUGAAUGACUGACGGGACUACACAUACACUUCCUGCCCACGCUAUCAUCCUAUCUUUUAUCGAAAAACCUUUAUCAGGUGGAGCGGCAAAAUUUCUCGCUUUUUAUUGGUUUUUGCAUUAUCGCGAAUAGCAUAACCAUUGGUAUCGAAGCAGAUGACCAGAAGCAGAAUGUUUUGGACGGCAAGACUUCAAUAUCAGACCGUCUCGAAUGGUAUGUGAUCGAGAACAUCUUCCUCCUCAUCUUCCUCUUCGAGCUGGUACUUUCCUACGACUUUUCGAAUUUGUAUUCUCUUGUUGAAAUUUUCACUUUCUAAUAUCAGUUUCAUCAAUAGCAAUGACCACAUGAUGUCGAUGAUAGUCGAUCAUAUAGCGCUUAUGUUUCUUGGACGCCGGGAUGACGGUAACACGAAGAGAGACCAUUUGAUCGUUUCCAUUCCAUGGAGCCUGCUGAUCUCUAGUUACCAACAUUUGAUCACUUCCAUUCCCUCAAACAAAUUGCAUGCAAAUACCAUAUUUCAGGCAGCGCGGCUGGUGUACAAACGAUUAGCGUUUUUCUACUCUGGUACGUGGUUUCAAAAUAUUGUGGACUUCGUUCUCGUGGUUCUCAAUAUUGUGGACACAUGGGUUAUGCAGCCGUCAAACACCAGCGGUUCGCUCCGAGCCUUCACUGUCUUUCGUGUCAUCAGGAUUCUUAGGUACUGUACUCGUAUUGCAUUGCUAUUGCUAUUGAGAAAUGCCUCGUCCUAAUGAAAGUGAUCAUUGAUUAUAACACCAAAUUGACGAUGUAGCACUAGGCUCUGUCUUAUCUUUUGUAAAUAUUAGAGUGAUCACAAAGGCACCGACUUUAUUUCUGACAAUAUGAUGCAAUUUAUUAUCUCUUGCCCGAUCGUAGUUCUCAGUACGUAGGUUUUCACCUCUCCGCUCUCUCUCUCAGGUUGGUACGGAUUAUCAAGAUCCUGAAGGUCUUUCAUCAGCUCUUCUUGCUGGUGUCAGGUUUGUCCAAUGCGAUGCGAACGCUUUUCUGGGUCGCAGUGAUGCUUUUCAUCAUGCUUUAUGUACUAUUCAUCUUGCUUAUCAACAUGGCGGCGGGUAUCUUAGCACUAAUUCUACUUCUUUUUAUAUAUCUAUAUCUUGACGAAUGGAUGGAAUUUGAUGAACUUACUUAUUUAAUUUUUGAAGAUCAUCUUCUUUUAAGUAGUACUUCGAUCCCCAUCUUCACCGCCUAGUAGAGCAGGACUACUCUCGCGGCGAUGCCGUCGUAGGACCAAUCGUCAGCAUCACCAUCAUCAUCAUCAUCAUCAUCAUCCUCAAUAUCCUCAUGACUUUCAGACUUGUGCGAUCUAUAUGACGCUGGUGAUCGGGCAUGACGACGAAACUUUCAAUCCCUACUUCAUGAAACGGGGCUGGGAUCACGAAGAGUAUUUCGGAAACAUCUGGCGCAGCAUGUUUACAUUAUUUCAGGUAAUAGAAAGAGAAAUGUAUAUAUAUUUCUGUCUUUUUUCUCCACACAAGAGUGGAGGUUACAAUUCUCACUUAAUCUUCAAGUAGUACUUCGAGGAAAUGAUGAUCAAAUAAAUACACGUAAUUCAUCUCUCAUGGGCAGGACGUUUCUUAGUCACGCUUACAACAAAGUUGUGACGGAAAUUUCACAACCGCUCAUCCCAUACACGACAUCACUUCUGCGUUGCAGGUGUGCACACUCGAUCAUUGGUCUGAGGAGAUUGCGCGGCACAUAUUGCAAGUCGCUCCAGGAAUGGUCUGGUUUUUCUCAUGGCAAUGUUGUGAAGUAAUACUAAUAUCCGAAGUAGAUUCAUUGAUCAGAUUCGUGUUAGAACAGAAGUGUGCUUUCGUUAGAUUCGAGAUGCAUUCAUUCGUUUGCUCUCAGAUACAAAAAAAAAUGAAUGAGAUUCGAGUUGUACUUUUUAGGACCAAACACGACGUUGUGUUCACAGCCGACUAGUUGUACUUGAUUUUUACACUUGCGGGAACAUCCUGCACCUGCUGUCUCUCAAGUUCUUCUAAAUCCUUUGGGUUUCGUGCUUUUUGCCAGUUAUGGUCUCCUGAACCUGGUUGUCGGCGUCAUCGUCGAGUCCACCUUAGCAGUGGCGAAAUUUAACAACGUGCAAACGCUGAAGAAAAAGCAAGAAGAUAGGAAACUUGCGCUGCAACACAUUAGAGCAGCAUUCGAGCAGAUGGAUGAGGAUGGGAGUGGUAGCCUUAGUGUAGAUGAGUUGAAACGUGCGAUGGAAAAUCCAGAAGUAGCAACACGGCUCAAAAUGAUCGACUUUCCACUGGACGAUCCAGAAAAGGUAUUGAGCUAGUUUUCCUCGAAUUUUCAUCCAUGUGCCACCAGAAUUUGCAUGAUGUUCAGUAGGCGAAAUUAGUUGUACCAGUAAUCGUGGACGAAGUAGUUGUUCUUGUAGAUCGGAGUGUUCUAGCAUGCUUGAUGUUGUUGAAUGAUGGUUACAACGAGUGACUCAUGAUGAAGAAUUUCAGUUGAUUUUAUUCAUAUUGUCCUGCUCAGAGAAGAUAAAUGCUCACCUCCACCAUGUUCUUACGUGUCUGCUUUCCCCUGUCGACUGCAUCAGGUUUUCUCUUUGAUCGAUGUUGAUGGUUUAGGCGAGUUGGCAAUCGACUCUUUCAUCAAGGGUUGCAUGCGGCUUUCGGGACAGGCCCAGUCAAAUUAUGAAAUCAUCAAUAUCCAUCCUCGAUAACCAUGCCCAUUUAUACUCAACAUCUCGUACUUUUCAUAUUACAAACUUCUAAACAGCAAUAGGAGGUACGACUGACUGAUCUCUUAUCUGAUUUCUAGUAUGAAUGACUGUAAUUAUCGCACCGUGUCAGUAUCUCUACUUUUCUAAUGAAAGGAUAUUCUGGAGGUGCUUAUCGCCGCGAGCACACUUGGGCGGGAUCUCAUGAUGCUGGAGGAUCGGAUACUGCAGAUCCAACAAAGAACUCGAGAGUUGGACCUGAAAACCGAAACAAUGACGCGGCAGGCUGACGACAUGUUUAGCGAUCCGAAAGUUUUCAACCGCAUGAUGCGCAUGAAAAUUGACAUCGACUAA